AUGGCUUCACCAGACGAUAAAUCACUCGCUUUGAAGGCAAAGACAGAUUUGGUCAGGAGGACAUUCAACUAUCCAGAUACAGAGGUUGUUAUACAGGAUUAUGCUUGUUCAUUGAAGAGAAUGAUUCUGAUACCAGGUCGUAUUUAUAUUACAACAAACUAUGUAUCAUUCAUGCCAGUGAUUGGUGAAUCAAUCGAAUCAGUGUCCUUUAGAAAGGUCAACGACAUCAAGAAAGACAGUACCAUCUUCCUCAGUACAGCCAUCACCUUUGAAACCACAGGACAGAAUAUAUCAUUUGGAUCGUUCAUGCAUAGAGAUGAGGCAUUCAACUUGAUAUAUCACUUUUGGAAGUUCCCGCCUAUAAUCUAUGAAUCAAACUCGGUCGACGACGAACAUAUGAGACAGUUCAACAAACAGAUUAGUGGUAGCGGAGGCAACAACAGCAGCGGCAGUGGAUUGUUUACGACGAGCAGCAGAAGCAGUGGAAGCUUUGGCAACUCUAGUCAGGGUAGCGGUGGCUAUAACAACUCGCCUGGUUCAGGCACCACUUCCGGAAGUGGACAAUACUAUGGCGGUGGCGGCGGCAACAGGGUGUCUGGCGGCAGCAAUAAUGGAGGUGUACAACAACAAACACAAUACACCAAGGUUGAUACAGAGAGCACUAGACAGGCAUUGAGAAUCGCAUUGGAGACUCGCGAGACUGGUAUUUCGACCAUGCACGAGAUGUCCCAUCAAGCAGAAAUGAUCGAUCAGAUCGAGUACAACGUGGAGAAUAUACAUGGCAAUCUUGACAAGUCUGAACGAUUGCUCAAAGGCAUCGAGUCAUUUGGUGGCGCAAUAUCCAAUGCCAUGUCCAAAGAGAAGGUGCCCGAUAGACAGCCAUACCAAUCAGUGGAUCGAUCAUUAAAGGUCAGACCAAGAGAUGAGCCAUCAGUGGAGAUCGAUAUACUUGAGAAGUUACCGAAUGAUUAUGUACAACCUGCAUUCAUUCAGAUAUCCAACGACAAGUUUGUAAUAUUAGAUAGCAAUAGAAAGCCAACACCAACAGGAAUGUAUGCCUAUGAUCAGGUAGAGUUCUUGGUCGUACGUGCCAGACACUUCCACUUGGAUAUCAGGUUCUUGGACAAGUCGAGAUUCAGAUUUGCAUCAUCCUACAUCCAGAACAUCAUCACAGAGAUUGUACUGCGUGCCAAUGGCAAGGUGGGACGCUCACCCAAGGUCAUCUUUGAGCCAGGCGUCACACCCUUUGCCUACGGCGACCCUACCAUCCGAUUCGUACCGAGCGGAGGCAGCAGACAACAGCCACUCUUUGGUCGACCAUCUCAUUUGGGCGUGUCCAACUUUGCCAAGAAUGCACCGGACGAAGUGAGGAACGCAUUGAUCGAGCAAGACAAGGACCUAGACGAGAUCAGUGCACUACUAGGUGACAUACAUGGCAUUGCCAAGACAAUUGGAUAUGAGGCCGAUCGUCAAUCAGAGCAACUUGAUCGUGUCACAACAAGAGUGGACUAUGCCAACGACAGACUAAAGAGCAACAAUCAACGAAUACAAAAGAUGCUA